GUAUCGUUUGCCCCUUAGUUACCAGGAGACUGCUCACGCGACAUCUCUCAAAGGUGGAUAGGAGAGAAAUUGGAAACCGCAAUGCCCAUCAUGCUUGAGGUAUGACGAGUUUUGGAAAAUGCAAUGUUGAAAUAACAAAACAGCAAAAGUAAGGAAGGCUCGAGACCAACUGACAUCAAAAUCGGGCAUGAUGUAAAGUACAUAUAAUGCUAUCUGGGUAAUAGAAGCCUCGUGGGGAAAGCCAUAGGACUGGGGGGCCACAUCUCGAAACGAAUUGCGGGGGCGCCACAACAGACUUCCAUCCAAUGUUUGUUGACUUUCGUGCAAUCCAACUUCAGGUCGCGAUAUCAAUUACGCGAAUUACAUUACCCAUACGCCGAGCCACGAGUACACGAAACAGUACACAAAAACAUAACAGCGAAAGCGAAACAGAGCAAAAGCUGCCAAAAUGUCGACUACACCUCUGGACCCCAGCAAACGCUCAAAUUCUCGUUCCCGAACAUCACGACCUACCACCCCGCUGCGACCUUCAUCCCGAUCAUCCUUUCGCGAGUCCGCGCGAGGUGCUGGAGAACACGAUGCACCAUUUCCGCUGAAUGCGUUUGAGCCGGCCUUUGCUGAACUUUCCGAUGCCAUGGCCGACCUCGAAGCGAAUAUGAUGCACUUUCAGCUUAUGCACGAGAGUUUAGCGAGAUUCAGUGAAUCGUUUGCGAGCUUCCUUUAUGGCCUGAACAUGAAUGCCUUUUGUGUUGAUUUCCCAGAGGGACCUGUCCCGGAAUCUUUCCGCAGAGACCGGACUCAACCAGAACAACCCGCCGUGACCCCAUCAAAAUCAGAGGCUGAGGCAGAAAUGACAUUCAUGACCACCGACACGUCCUUUGUUGAGAAUCCUCCCACUACCACCAAGUCUUCCAAAUUCACCACACCAGAGCCUCCAAAAAGACAAUCACGUCUUCCUGCUGCCCCUGGUCGAGGAACGUCGUCUCGGGGAAGGUCGACUCGCGGUGUUGGACGUAGCCGGCCUAGUGGACUGGCCAGAGCGCGUGGUCGUGGUGUUAGGUGAAUUUAAUCGGGAUAUCGACAGAAAUAUUUCAAAACGCCGUUUGCAAUGUCAAAAAUCAAGCCCAGCUCCGAUGCGCCCUAGGAUUUUGUAUCCCCCUUUUAGCGUGCUAUGAAGAAUUUUAUCGGACAAGAUUUAGGCGUCCAUGGCAACAUCAUUGUCUUGGUCGGCAAAUGUGCGCUUUCGGUCGCCGUUGUCUGUUCGCAAGCCGACGGCAGCUUCAGCCUCCUGUUGAGUGUAUGGCCCUUCGGCGAUCUGCUUGACUCUAGCGGAGAGUUAGUACACAUGCCAGAGUAGACAAAUGGAUAUCCAUUGCGAGUCACUUUGUGACAUACCUUCUCUUAUGAGGCUUUCCCUUUUGAUGCGAUACCAGAGUAGCAUCCGUAUCAAACCAUUUGGAGCACUCAACGCAAUAGUGACGCCCAAGGCCGGGAAGAUCCUCAGCAGCCUUCGUCUCCAUGAAUUGCUUCAAAUGCUUGGGUGACAUGAGGUCGGCUUUGACCUGGUCGACGUCUCGAGUCUUGCGCCUUGUCUUGGUGAUUGUUUUCUUGUUUGUGACACCCAUCUUCGCGGUGACUUGGACGAAUGCGGUUCUUGGAGUAUGCUAUUCCAGAUUGUGAUAUUGGUAACUUCAAUACUUCAAGCUACCUAGGCGGUCGUUGAGGUUGGCGAUUUUCGAAAAAAGUUCUGGUGGGGCUGACCCGAUAAGCUGAUAAGACGGAUGCGGGGCACUACAGCCACAGGUUGAAUCUGAAGACGGCACGAUAUCACGACCAUUUCGAGUCAGAGACAAAGCAAGGCAUUGUGCGACUUAGAAAUCAAAUUCGAGAGACUAUGAGUAGAAAUAGAAGGGAAGUAACGAAAGACAAAACGACUAAACAAUAAAAUUGAACAAGGUAAAAUAGGAAAG